UAUGCCCUUGUUCCUCUUUCCUAGACGUGGAAACUGAGACCCAGAGAGGUUGAACAGGUUGUGCACAGUCUCGCAGCUACCAAGUGACAAGCCACGAUUUGAUCUCGGGCCAGUGUGUUAGACUCCAAGUUGCGUGCUCCUGUCCCUCCCCGCGCGUCGGCGGAGCUCGGGGCCGGACUGGACCCGCCGAGGGAGGGGCGGACAGUCCUGACGGGGCGGGGCGGGGCGGGGCUGGCGGCCUCCCGGACCUGGCUGAGGCGCUGCAACCGGGUCCCUCUCCACCUGCCGGGCCGAGCGCACGGGCCAUGGGCUGAGCCCCGCUGAGCCCGCCGGGCCGGCCAUGGGCGACCGCGAGCCCAACAAGAAGCGGCUGCUGGAGCUGCUGCGGGCGCCGGACACAGGCAACGCGUACUGCGCCGACUGCGGGGCGGCAGAUCCCGACUGGGCCUCUUACAAGCUGGGGAUCUUCAUCUGUCUCAACUGCUGCGGUGUCCACCGUAACUUCCCUGACAUCAGCAGAGUUAAAUCCGUGCGUCUUGACUUCUGGGACGACAGUAUUGUGGAGUUUAUGACCCACAAUGGGAACCUCCGUGUGAAGGCCAAGUUCGAAGCCAGAGUCCCAGCUUUCUACUAUAUCCCCCAGGCCAACGACUGCCUGGUCUUAAAGGAACAAUGGAUUCGAGCUAAGUAUGAGAGACGGGAAUUUAUGGCUGACGGGGAAACCAUCUCACUCCCAGGUAACCGAGAAGGAUUCCUGUGGAAGCGAGGAAGGGACAACUCACAGUUUCUGAGAAGGAGGUUUGUACUUCUGGCAAGAGAAGGCCUCCUGAAGUACUACACAAAAGAAGGGGGUAAAAACCCCAAAGCUGUCAUCAGCAUUAAGGACUUGAAUGCCACCUUCCAGACAGAGAAGAUAGGGCACCCCCACGGGCUGCAGAUCACCUACAGGAGAGAUGGCCACAUCAGGAACCUGUUUGUGUAUCAUGAAAGUGGGAAGGAGAUAGUGGACUGGUUCAAUGCCCUGCGUGCAGCCCGUCUGCAGUAUCUAAAAUUGGCUUUUCCUGAACUCCCGGAGUCUGAGCUCGUGCCAUUCCUCACCAGGAACUACCUCAAACAAGGCUUCAUGGAAAAGACUGGGCCAAAGCAGAGAGAACCUUUCAAGAAAAGGUGGUUCGCCCUGGAUUGCCAUGAGCGGAGGCUGCUCUAUUACAAGAACCCACUGGAUGCCUUCGAGCAGGGCCAGGUUUUUCUGGGGAACAAGGAGCAGGGAUAUGAAGUCUAUGAAGACCUGCCCAAGGGCAUCCGAGGAAAUCGCUGGAAAGCCGGACUCACCAUUGUCACCCCAGAGCGGAGAUAUGUCCUCACUUGCCCCAACGAGAAGGAGCAGCAGGAAUGGCUGGAAAGUUUGCGGGGUGUCCUGUCCAGCCCCUUGACGCUCCUCAACCGCCUCACUGCAUCAACAGAGAGUGGCCGCAGCAGCAGGUGACCCAUUAACUGAGGGACUGGCUGCCACUGAACACCUGGAGCGCCUUGUAGGAAGGAGAAGUUCGCACCUCGACCCUGGCUGCCCACCAUCAGUGCCCCGCAGUCAGCAGCCAUCCCUGGCAGUGAACUCUGCCAGGACUGAAGCUGUGGCUUUAUCCAUCAGCUCCCUGAGCCUUCCCCCCAACACACCCCAGGGAUCUGAGGAUCUGGUACAUAAACGAACAUCUAUCCCCUCCUCCCCCAUAUACACCCAGGCUUGAAAUGCCUACAGGCCCAGAACUUUCUCACAUCUGGAAUGGAGGCAUUGCAAUGAAAAGGCACCCACAGCAUCAUGCAAGUGGCAUCUUGUUAAAAAAAAAAAAAGUUUAAUCUGAAUCUAACCAUGAGGAAAUAAUCAGACAAAUCCACAUUAGGGGCAUUCUGCUAAACAUCUGACCCGGACUCUUCAAAAAUGAAGAGUGAAAGAUAAAAUACUCAACGGCUAGGUGCAAUGGCUCACAUCUGCAAUCCCAGCACUUUGGGAGGCCAAGGUGGACGGAUCGUGAAGUCAGGAUAUCAAGACCAUCCUGGCCAACAUGGUGAAACCCCAUCCUUACUGAAAAUACAAAAAUUAGCUGGAUGUGGUGGUGCACUCCUGUAGUCCCAGCUACUUGGGAGGCUGAGGCAGGAGAAUCGCUUGAACCCGGGGGUGGAGAUUGCAGUGAGCCAAGAUUGCACCACUACACUCCAGCCUGGUAACACAGCAAGACUCUAUCUCAAAAAAAAAAAAGAGAAAGUAGUCAAUAUUGUGAAAGAUAAAGUAGUCUGAGAACUGUUCUAUAUUAAAGGAGGCUAGGCCAGGCGCAGUGACUCAAGCCUGUAAUCCCAGCAUUUUGGGAGGCCUAGCUGGGCAAAUCACUUGAGGUCAGGAGUUUGAGACCAGCCUGGCCAACAUGGUGAAACCCUGUCUCUACUAAAAAUACAAAAAUUAGCUGGGCUUGGUGGCGCAUGCCUGUAAUCCCAGCUACUCAGGAGGCUGAGGCAGGAGAAUCGUUGGAGCUUAGGAGGCCGAGGUUGCAGUGAGCCAAGAUCACGCCACUGUACUUUUUUUGAGACUCUGCCUCAAGAAAAGAAAAAAAGGAGAAUAAGAUAUGGCAACCAAAAGCAAUUCAUGGUUCUUGAUUGGUCCUGGAAAAAAAAAAUAGCUGAAAAGGACAUAAUUGAGAUAACUGGGAAAUUUGAAUAUGAAUGUGUAUAUUAAUAGUAUUGUAAUGUUGUGAUAAUUGUGCUGUAUUUGUAUAGCGGAAUGUUCUUUUUCUUAGGAGAUACACACUGAAAUAUUUAGGGAUAAAAUGUGAAUGCAAUUGA